CUUGUCACAAGUUGUACAUCGGCGUUCAGCCAUUUGAAAAGCAGGGCAACCUACAGAGACCGAUCAUGUCACUUAUAGCGAGAUCUCUGUUACGCACCGGUUUAUUUGCUGCACCCAGAGCUAUCAAACUUACACAAGUACUGUGUUCAGCUAGGAAGAUGUCUUCCAAUUCUUUACCACAGUUUGAGACUUUAGCAGUGACCAGUCCAAAGGAAUAUGUUUACCAAGUUGAACUGAAUCGACCAAAAAAACUCAAUGCAAUGAACAAAGCUUUCUGGAGGGAGAUGGUAGAAUGCUUUAAUGGCAUUGCUCAAGAUCCAAACUGUCGGAUUGUUAUACUAACUGGUGCAGGAAGAGCUUUCACAUCAGGUCUUGAUGUAAUGGACCACGCUGAUGUGCUGAUGUCGAUGGAUGGUGAAGACGAUGUUUCAAGAAAAGCAUUCAAAUUCAUACAGUUUAUCAAAAAAUAUCAGGAAACAUUUACAGUUAUUGAAAAAUGUCGUAAGCCUGUGAUAGCAGCGAUUCACAAUGCUUGUGUUGGAGGUGGCGUUGACAUGAUCACAGCUUGUGACAUCAGGCUAUGUACUGAAGAUGCAUGGUUCCAAAUCAAGGAGGUAGAGCUAGGCCUUGCUGCUGAUGUUGGUACACUACAGAGACUUCCUAAAAUAGUGGGAAAUGACAGCUUAGUAAGAGAGCUAGCUUACACUGCUAGAAGAUUCCAAGCUCUGGAAGCCAAGGGAUGUGGGCUUGUCAGCCAAGUUUAUAAAGACAAAGACACUAUGAUUGAAGGUGCACUAGAGUUGGCUUCCACGAUAGCCAGUCAGAGUCCUAUAGCUGUCCAGGGAACCAAAGUCAACUUGAUAUAUUCUAGAGAUCACUCUGUGCCAGAGGCAUUAGAUUACAUUGCUGCUUGGAACAUGAGCAUGUUACAAACUGAAGACUUAAUGAAAGCCAUUCAAGCUGGUAUGGCUAAAGAAAAAGCAAAUUUCUCCAAACUGUAAAGCAUGAUGCACC